UUUUUCACUUGUGUGAGGCCGAUGGGUCAUGGAACUCCUCAUAAUAUGAACUGGACCGGACUUCUGCAGAAUCUACUGCUUUUGGUCCACCUCAGGCAGAUCAUAUGUGGUUCGGUCCAGUUUUCUGUCCCAGAGGAACAGGAACCUGGCACUCUAGCCGGGUCACUCAGUGAACACUUUCUACCUCCGUACCAGCUCCUGACACAGGACUACCUGUGGUUGGACAGAAGCACAGGGAAUCUUUACACCACUGAGCUAAAAAUUGAUCGUGAGAUCCUCUGCCCUGAGGAGACAAAAGCUGAAGAAUGCAUUAUUCUGCACUACGCUAUUGUGAGCUCCUCUGGGGAGCUUAUACAGUUUCCUGUGAUCAUAGAGGACGUCAAUGACAAUGCACCUCAUUUUGAAAACAAUGAAAUACACCUGAGGAUUUCUGAGGACGUGGUUGUAGGGACCAGUUUUUUAAUAGAUGACCAGGCUCUGGACAGUGAUGCUGGUCCUAAUGGAGAGGUGCACUACCACCUAGAAGAUUCCGGUGGAGUUUUCAGUUUAAAGGUUGAAGAUGAAGGACUUGUCAUCAUGCUAGUUGUGCAAGCCGCUCUGGAUAGAGAGACUCAGGACCAGUAUCGCAUGGCGCUGGUGGCCACAGACUGUGGCACAGAGCACUUAAGCGCAACGGCAACUUUAAAAGUCACGGUGACAGAUGUUAAUGACAACUGUCCAAACUUUAGCUCUGACAGCCCUCGCAAUGUCACCAUUCCCGGAGAUGCCCAAAAGAAUAUGUUUGUUGCUCAGGUCAGAGCCACAGACUCAGAUUUAGGCUUGAAUGCUGCCAUCACUUAUUCCCUCAGUCCCAAAGUCUCUGAGCGGGCCAAGAAGCUCUUUAGCCUUGACAGCCUCACUGGGUACAUCAGGCUAACACAGGACCUCCGAAGUGACAACUCUGAGGAGCUGGUGUUAAAAGUGUUAGCUAGCAGCCAUCACUGCCCUCCAGCAGACAUUCAGGUAACCGUAUCUGUGCUCCCCAAGGCAAACAAAGAGCUGACCAUCAAGAUCAAGUUCAUAGUGGACCAUCACAACCAGACUUUGGUGUUACCAGAGAACCAGCCCCCCACCGGCUUAGCUGUUUUAGAGCUCGAGGGUGACAGCAGCUUUAAAGGUUCAUCUCUUGCCAUUGAGGGUGAAGUGCCUUUCACUUUGAACCCACAGAAUGGCAAAUAUCUGCUUUCCACAUCAAAGCCACUGGAUUAUGAGAUGAAAAGGGAACAUCAUAUUACUGUGAUAGUCCAUGGGAGAUCAGGUGAAGUGUCUACAAUCAUUCCUUCCAGGCAUACGAUCAGGGUUUUGGUGGCAGAUGUCAAUGAUAAUUCUCCACGUUUCCUCCAGUCUCAUUACCUGCUGGACGUGAUGGAAAACAACCAGCCGGGAAUGUCACUGUUGCAAGUUUCGGCUUCAGACGCAGACAGCGCACACAACGGCAGGGUGACCUACAGGCUGGACAAACACACAUCUACCAUUUUUUACAUUGACCGUGUGUCAGGUCAACUGUCUGUGUCAGACUCUCUGGACAGGGAAGAGCAGAGUGAACACAAACUCAUUGUGUUUGCAAGAGAUGGCGGCUCGCCUCCCUUGGAGUCUGCGACCACAGUAUCUAUUUGUGUUCUUGACCAGAAUGACAAUGCACCUGUUUUUAAAACCCCUCACUUUAUCUUUUUCAUCUCUGAGAAUGUACCACCUUUCACCCUGGUGGGGAGGGUUGGGGUGACAGACUCAGAUGAAGGGGAGAAUGGGAACACAGUGUUGCAUGUUGUUAACAGCAGUGGACCAUUUGUUGUGGAUAACCCCCAGGGGACACUUCACACCACCACGAACUUGGACCGUGAGACGCAAGACAGCUAUGAACUCUACCUGCUGGCCAGCGAUCACGGGCACCCAGUCAAUUUUACAUCCACUGCCAGGGUAACUAUCUUUGUGGAGGACAUCAAUGACAACCAGCCCAAAGUAAUCUUCCCCAGCAGCAACUCCUCGUGCCUGACUGUCUCUCCUACUGCUACAGCAGGCUCCAUGGUAACAAAGAUCUACGCUAUUGAUGAGGACUCAGGGCUGAAUUCAGAGAUUACAUACACUAUUGUGGCACCAGAGUCAGUGAAAAACAGCAGCCCCUUUCAGGUGGAUUCAAGGUCUGGGAACAUCACCUUGACUCAGCGGCUUCUACAGACACACCUGGGAAUGCAUCACCUGUUCAUCGUGGUCAGAGAUGGGGGGAAACCGAUUCCUCUUUUUAGCACUGUCUGGGUUAAUCUGUUGGUCAACGAGAGCACGGAGCCCUGCCACUUAGAGAGGGCACCAACCUGGACAGGGACAACCAACUUGGUUCAAACCCCGUCAAGGGCCCCGAUAUGUGAAAUAGAGGCUCCAAGGUCUGCUCAGCUGACAUUGUUAGCCGGCAUGGGUUUAAUGCUGGCAUCCACAUGUUUGUUUCUCGUGACAUCAGUUUUAUACAUAAAGCAGAGGCGACUAAGUGUACGUCAGAAGACAAGGGGACAGAUUGACGAGAAUGAGAUCCCACUCAGGGGCAGAGACAAAUAUAACUCUAAUGACUAAAAGAAUCAAACAAACAAUGUGUGUAUUCCUUACUCAGUCAGUGUCAAAGAUUAACGCAGUUUAUGAGAUGAAACAUGUAAUGAUUGUUUUAAAAAAAAAAGUGCUAAUAAUCAAUUUUGUUGAAUAAUUCUGAUAGUGCAUUCCAACAUUUGUCAACAACGAUGCGGAAGAAUGGUCUGUGGGAGGAAAGUUGAUCCAUUUUCUGAUAAAGAUCCCUGGGAGCUACCAGGAAAGCGAAUAAAAUUUGAGAUUAUA